CUCCUCUGCCUAGACGCACCGGGGUGGUAGAGGUGACCUUAUUGACAAUUAACAGAAUUAACUGAAAACAUUCUCCCGCCAAAAGACACCAAUGAACAAACCUUCCAGUUUACUAUGUCAACAGAAAAAUUUCACCCUUUCUCUACUAAAAUCUCCUCACAAAAUCUCCACAUUAAACCACUUGAAGUCACUCCACCUACACCUCCUUCGCACUGGCCUUAACCACAGCAAUUACGCCAUCGGAAACUUCAUAACCCGCUGUGCAUGUCUCGGUCUCAUGUCCUAUGCACACCAACUGUUCGAUAAAAUGUUGCAACCAAAUUCUUUUGUUUGGAAUACCCUCAUAAGAGGGUAUCAACAAAAUCAACUUCCUAAACAUACCCUUUAUUGUUUUGAUCAAAUGCGGGUUAAUAAUGUGCAGCCUGAUAGAUUUACUUACCCUUUCGUUAUUCGUGCUUGUUCGGAUUUACAUGAGUUUGAAAAAGGAAAAAGUUUUCAUGGGCAAGUGUUUAAAAUUGGGGUCAAUCUUGAUGUAUUUGUGGGUACUAAGUUGAUUGAGUUUUAUACAACAAUGGGGGAUUUGAACAUGACGAAACGAGUUUUUGAGGGAAUGAAGGAUAAGGAUGAGGUAACGUGGUAUACUAUGUUAUCGAGCUAUGUUAAUAUAUUUAAUGAUAUGGGGAAAGCUCGGGAUUUGUUCGAGAAGAUACCGUGUAAGGAUGUUGUGAUUUGGCAUACUAUGAUUCUUGGAUGUGUUAAAGCUGGGGAGUUGGAGGCAGCAAAAGAGUAUUUUGAUAGAGCGCCUGUCAAGGAUCUGCUUAUGUAUAAUACGAUUUUAGGUUGUCUUGCGAAGAAUGGUGAAGUUGAAUGUCUUUUGAGAUUUUUUCGUGAAAUGACUUGUAGGGAUUUGGUAUCUUGGAAUACGGUAAUUGGAGGGGUUGUACGUGAUGGGAGGAUUAAUGAAGCUAUGAGAUUGUUCUAUGAAAUGCAAAGAGUGAAUUUGUCGCCUAAUGAUGUUACUCUGGCAAGCUUGCUCUCCGCUUGUGCACAAGCUGGAGCUUUGGAUACUGGGAAACGGUUGCACUCGUAUAUUGAUAGGAGGGGUUCUGAGUUGAAUGCUGUGAUUGGGACAGCAUUACUGGAUAUGUAUUGCAAAUGUGGUGAUUUGGAGACUGCUGCAGAUGUCUUCAAUAAGAUGUCCGAACGUGAUGUUGUAGCUUGGAGUGCUAUGAUAAUGGGGUCGUCGAUGAAUGGACAGAGUAGAACUGCCUUGAACUUCUUUUAUCGUAUGAAAGAUGAAUCUGAAAGGCCAAAUGAUGCGACAAUUUUGGGGGUUCUGUGUGCUUGUGUGCAUGCAGGGUUGGUUGAUGAGGGAAGGAUGUGCUUUUAUGGCAUGUCUGAAGAGUUUGGUUUAACACCAAAGUUGGAGCAUUAUGGCUGUAUGGUUGAUCUCCUUGGUCGAGCUGGUUUGCUAGAUGAUGCGUAUAAUUUGAUACAAUCUAUGCCAUAUGAGCCACACACGGGCUCCUGGGGCGCCUUACUAGGGGCAUGCAAGAUACAUGGAAAUGUUGAGCUAGCUGAAAAGGCCAUAGAACACUUGAUCCAACUUGACCUUGAUGAUGGGGGCUACCUAGCAAUUAUGUCCAACAUAUAUGCUAAUGCAGGAAGGUGGGAAGAUGUCUCAAAAAUCCGAAAAUUGAUGAAGGAAAAAGGCAUUGGUAAAUCACGAGGGAUUAGCUGCAUUGAGGUUAAUGGAGUAAUACAUGAAUUUGGUGUCCAAGAGAAAAAACACACUCAAGCCAGAGAAAUAUAUGAUAUGAUAGAUGAGAUCUAUAGACGACUCAAGAGGGCAGGACAUGUUGCAAGCACCAGAGAGGUAUUUUUUGACGUUGAAGAGGAGGAAAAGGAAAAGGCUCUGUUCUUCCACAGCGAGAAAAUGGCUGUUGCUUUUGGACUUAUUGCAACUGAUAAAACGGCUAUCAUCCGUGUGGUGAAAAACCUUCGUAUUUGUCCUGAUUGUCAUGCAGCUAUGAAGUUGAUUUCUGCUAGCUUUGAAAGAGAAAUAGUCAUUAGGGACCGACAUCGUUUUCACCACUUCAAGAAUGGUUUUUGCUCUUGUAGAGACUAUUGGUGAAUAUAAAAUUCCUUCCUCAUGUCAUUGCAGAUGGAGAAUUGCUAAAAGAGCCUGAGAGGCUAAUAAUCAGUCCAUCAUGCAAACAGUUCGUAGAAAGUUCGAUGAUAUAUGCAGGCAUUCUCCUAUCUAACACAUGCUAUGACACUAACAUAAUGUCAUGGUGGCUUCUCAGCAGUGCCCCAUGACCAGAUGACUACGCCUCAUUGCUCUUUGGCAAGCCUUCCAAAGCCUAGUGCCAUGGACGGCCCCGUGCCCCUGGCCUUGAUAAUUGACAAGUGUGCCUGUGAGUAUAUCUCCCUACCAGUCAUGCACGCCUUUGCCCAUACACAGGCAAUGCCCACAGCACCCAUCAGCUCGCAGCCUCCUUAGCACCAGGGCGCACUUGCCUCGUAGCCCACGCCCUGUGCAUAGUGCAUACAGGAUGAAGCCAAAGACAAGGAGACACUCUCUCCAAGUGUCACAAUGGACCAGCCUACCCUUCUAACUCCGACUCUGCAUUGCCAUGUCAUGAUGUUGUACAAGUUGCUUGGAGUCCUUUGUACAGCCACAGCUAAGGAAAACAAGAUGCAGACACUUAAAGCAGCAGUGAUUACCUCUGACCGCUUUUUUCGUGUGGCAAUAUGUAAUGCAGUAUUGCCAAACUUAUCAGGAAGCAUUACAAUAGCUGGAUCUGCUUGCAAUAGCAACUUCACCACUUCACUGCUAAUACCUUUUACAGCCAUAUGUAGAGCAGUCUGUCCUUUCUUAUCAGUUCUUCUUGCCAGCUGUGGAUCCUUUUCCAGCAAAGCUCGAACAAUAUCCACGUGGCCUUGGCGUGCAGAUAAAUGCAACGCAUUUUUUCCAUUGGAUCUUGAUAUCUCUAACAAGCUAGAAUCCUUGGAAAGCAAUUCAUGGACAACUGCUGUAUGCCCUUUUGUUGCUGCAGAUACAAGAGGAGUUGCAUUUGAUUGGCCAAGUGUCUUGCUCAACUCUGGCUCAUGCUCCAACAGUAACUUAACAAUAUCUGCACAUACAUUUCCCAUUCUUUAGCAAUAUAUGAAUGAUCUCAACUUCUAAGGUAAGGACACAACUAGAAGUAAAAAUUAUACUCCCUCUGUCCCAAUUUAUGUAACCAUCUUCGAAUUUUGAGAAUCAAACAAGUUGUCUUUGACUGUAAUUUUUUCAUAUGCUUUUAAAAUAUUCUAAAUUAUUAA